UACAUUCAAUUGACCUUUACACAAUGUUCUGUAUGAAUCCUUAUAUCUCCAGGGCUGCUGCUUUAUAAACCACAGUUCUCAGCUCAGCACACUUAGAAACAUUGCUUGUUUCAACUUCUUUUCAGUCUGCUGUGGAACAGCUAUGCUUCCCGAUUCAACUUCAGCUCUUCUUCUCCUAAGCGUCCUCCUACAUCACUCCUCUGUUCUGUCCUGUCAGAUCGGGACCCAAACAGAGUGUGAUGCUGCUCCUUUUGUACCUGGCCAUAAUCUGGUGGGGGAAGGUUUUGAUAUAGUCACAAUGGAGAGAAAAGCUGAUGUGAUUGAUGUGAAGACUUACCUGAGCCCCAACAAAACCUGUGUUCUCUGCACCAACCCUCUUCAAAACGAUGCCCUCCAAAAAAUUUCAUCUUCUGUUUUGGACUGGAGUGCCAGCAGUCAAUGCAAUGCUGACAUCAUGAGCAGUUAUCACACCUCUGCUAGCUCUCUGGUUCAGGCUUACACAUCCCAAGACACAAAUGAUUGGACGUUUGGCUUGGAUGUUCAAAAAGUUCUGACAUCUGGCAAGUUAGAUGUGGGAGGAACCGGCUCCAAUACCUACAAGUUCGCUUCACAAAGGAGCAAAGAGGAUCGCUACACUUUCAGCACACACAGUGUCGCCUGCAGCCAUUAUGGAUUUAUAUUAUCAUCCAAACCUCCCUUAAGCGUAGAGUUCAAAAAGCAGGUAGACCUCCUGCCAAGUUACUACAGCUCCUGCACUAAGAAUAAGUAUAGAAAGUUCAUACAGACCUAUGGCACACACUACUUCAGAAUGGUUAAUCUUGGAGGGCGACUGAGACGACUGAUAUCUUCACGAAGCUGCUUGGCCUCCCUGAAUGGAUUAACCUCAAGUGAGGUCCACUCCUGUUUAUCUAUGGGUGUUGCUGUUGGCUUGGGGAAGAUGAAACUCUCUAGUGUCCCGAAGUCUUGCAAAAGUGUCCUACAAAGCAAGGACUCCACCACUGGCUUCAGCUCUGGUCUCCACCGACACUUUACAGAGAUGUCAGGAGGAAAUAGUUGGUUGGGGAAGUUUUCAAUUUUCAAAAAUGAUUCCAUGGGCUUCAUGAACUGGCUAAAAAGCCUAAAAGAACAUCCAGAUAUUGUUUCGUACUCCCUUCGACCUCUCUAUCAGCUCGUGCCAAACAAGCUUCAAAAGGCAGCAGUGAAAGCUGCUAUUGAGAAGUAUUUGGAGGAAACUGCUGUGAAGAAAUCACCCAAAGAACCACAAUGUAGGGGCUAUGCUCCUGAUUUGUCCUCUAACUGCUGCCCUCUGCGCGCCUCAAGGGGAACUCUAUCAGUAACCAUUGUUCAAGGCUGGGAUCUAUUUGGAGACGAUCUUUCAGUAACUGAUGGCUAUGCUAAAAUGUUCUAUGGUUCCAUACAACACAGGACCAAAAUGAUCGAAUCCAAUAAUCCGAAGUGGAACGCUGAGUUUAAUUUGGGCAAGGUUGACACAAGCCUGGCUCUGAAGAUUGAGGUUUGGGAUGAAGAUCCGAAAUAUGACGACCUUCUCGUUCACUGUGAGAAGUACCUGAGCCCUGGCACUCACACUUUCACGUGCAAAGGAGAUUAUGGAAGCGUUGAGGCUAAAUACACACUGACCUGUGACCCGUAUCUGACUGGAGAACAGUGCAGACGUUAUAAACCAUUUCCUUAGUGACAGGAGAUUGAAGAGGUUUGGGAAUGAAAGCAUUUCAUUUCAUCAGAUAACAUUAACUCACUAAAUCUGGUAGAAACUGACAAUUUAUAUUUAAUUACUUGACAUUGUUAAAGA